CCCUCGCUUCUCUCUCAUCUCCCUCCCACACAAAUCAAAGCUCUGCGCUCUCUUUCUUUCUCUCUCUCUCUCUCUCUCUCUGCGCGACCAUGCUUUCAGGGGACAUUCCGCCUAACCAAACUAUAUACAUUAAGAAUCUCAACGAGAAAAUCAAAAAAGAAGAAUUGAAGAGGUCCCUCUAUUGCUUAUUCUCUCAAUAUGGCAGGAUUUUGGAUGUUGUUGCCUUGAAGACACCCAGGCUUCGGGGGCAAGCAUGGGUUGCAUUUCUAGAAGUGGCUUCUGCUAGUAAUGCUGUGCGGCAGAUGCAAAACUUUCCGUUUUAUGAUAAACCCAUGCGGAUUCAAUACGCCAAAACAAAGUCAGAUUGCAUUGCUGAAGCAGAAGGAACCUUAGCUCCAAAAGAAAAGAAAAGGAAGCAGGAAGACAAAGCUGAAAGAAAGCGGCGAGGUGAUGAAGGACAACAAUAUGCUACCGAAAAUGGUGCAGCUGCUGAAAAUGGAGGCAGAACGGCCCCGUCCCGCCAUGGAAACUCGAAUACACAGGAAGCUGCAUCUCCAAACAAUAUCCUGUUCAUUGAGAAUUUGCCUCACGAAACUACCAGUGAUAUGCUGGAAUUGCUCUUCAAACAGUUUGCAGGGUUUAGGGAAGUCAGGAUGAUUGAUGCGAAGCCAGGCAUUGCCUUUGUAGAGUAUGAAGAUGACAUUCAGUCAUCGGUCGCCAUGCAGGCCCUUCAAGGCUUCAAAGUCACCCCUCAAAACGCCAUCGCCAUCACUUUUGCCAAGAAGUAACUAAAAAUUACGGAUCCUAUUCUCUGUAGUCGAAUGUUGUUUUGUUGCGGAUAUGUAAUAGUUGAAUAGUUGUUAAUCUCACUGUACUCAUGUAUGCACGGCAUGCUCGUGUAUGCACGGGCGGUUUCUGAUCCUUGAUCGAGUGUGUUAUGCAGAUCAAUGGUCAAAAAUCGCCAUGCCACUGAACAUAGCUCGGCUUGAGAACCAUCGGGUUCCACUUUCAUGCGUUUUUAUUUCUAUUUUUUUGGAUCGUUGGUUGCAUGUCA